CUUAUCCUCAUCAUUCAAAGUCUUCUCACACAACUAUAGUUAUUCACACUAUUCCCUUUUUCAACAAAAUAAUUUUCUGUCUAGAAAGUAGUAGUAGUAAUAAUGGCGAUCAAGGUUCAUGGCCCUGCUAUGUCACCAGCUGUGUUGAGAGUCUUAGCUGCACUUAAAGAGAAGGAUCUUGAAUUUGAGCUUGUUCCUGUUAAUAUGCAAACUGGUGAUCACAAAAAGGAACCUUUCAUUUCCCUAAACCCUUUUGGUCAAGUUCCAGCUUUUGAAGAUGGAGAUCUCAAGCUUUUCGAGUCAAGAGCCAUCACCCAAUACAUAGCUCACACAUAUGCAGACAAGGGGAACCAACUAUUAGUCAAUGACCCCAAGAAAAUGGCAAUCCUGUCAGUAUGGAUGGAAGUAGAAUCCCAAAAAUUUGACCCUCUUGCUUCAAAACUAAGCUUUGAGAUUGUUAUUAAGCCAAUGUUGGGCAUGGUAACUGAUGAUGCAGCUGUGGCAGAGAAUGAAGAAAAACUUGGCAAAGUUCUUGAUGUGUAUGAAGCAAGACUUAAGGAUUCAAAAUAUUUGGGUGCUGAUACUUUUACACUAGCAGAUUUGCACCAUGCCCCUGUUGUGAACUACUUGAUGAAGACUAAAGUGAAGAGUUUGUUUGAUGCUAGGCCUCAUGUUAGUGCUUGGUGUGCUGAUAUUUUGGCUAGGCCAGCUUGGGCUAAGGCACUUGAGUUGAACAAAGAGUAAAAUUAUAGUGUCACAUAAAUAUGGCCUACUAUGCUUUAGUCUAUGUUGCUUGGACUUCUCAAAUAUACUGUCGCAUCCGUAUUUGAUUCUACAAAAAUACAUAUCGACAGUUUUGAAGUAUUCAAGCAAUGUAGGUAUCAAUAGGUUAAUAAAAUUGGGCCAUAGUAACACUCUUUGUAAUAUUUGCUUUAUGGUGUUUUCCCUUUUUUUUUUUUUUCCUAAGAUGUCCUCAGAUCUGUGAUUUGAGUGUAUUGUUGUCCCGCAAAUGUUCUCUUUUUUAUUGAAUUCCUCUUGUGAGCGAAUCCUAUCAAUUAUACUCUUCUAAAUUGCGGUAA